AUGCCGGAAAAAAGUUCACACUCGACAGACCCCAAGCGUCGUCAUCGUCGGACACGUGAACACGCAAGGUCACCGUUUGAUGAAGAUGAUUUUCGUUCAGAAAAGAAAAGAUCCAGACGACACGCAGAUACAGAUGAUGCCCAAGAUUCUGGUGGUAAGUUUGGACCGAAUAUGUAUUCGUUACAGGUUUCAGAUCCGAUACCUCAAAGUGGAUCAGACAUCUCAUUGUCAGUUAAAGAAACUAAUGCUUUACGAGCAAAAUUGGGCCUGGCGCCGUUAGAGACAGAAGAAACACAACCAAGUGAAGAUCGUAUAGUGGAUAAUCAGUCGGAGAACUACGUUCACGCUCCGGCGAAAGAUCUAAAAAAAGCUCGUGAGACUGAUGCGAUUAAGGAUCGUUUGUCCAUACACAAAGAGAAGCGCGCUCUGUACGAUAAGUACGCCAAUAGCCGAUUAUAUGAACCAGAAGAAAAGGACAUUUCCGUGGUUUCGUGGCUUGACAAACUUCGUGAGAAAGAGCGCAUAAAAAAACAGGCUCAAGAACGAGCUAAAGUACUAACCGAAAUGGAUGAGCAGUUCGAGGUCCCUCAAACAGACGUUUCAAGUCAUCGAGGUCAACCAAACGUGGUCUACAGAUCCGAUGAUCUCAGUGGACUGAAAGUCGAGCACAAGGUGGAUCGAUUCGUUGAAGGAAAAUCUAUUAUAUUGACGCUCAAAGAUAAAGGUAUGUUACUAUCUGCAUAA